UGAGAGCCUCCCUUUAGCCAUAUACUUUCAUCUCACAGAGGCUAGGGAAGAGGACCAUAUACCAAGAGUCAGAAAAAGGAAGCCUGCUGAGUCAUCUGUAAGCCUUCGGCAUUGCCCAAGCUGAUGGUGAUACCACCAUGCUUAAACUUCUACGGUGGGCAUCUGCAUUCUUUCUAAGGAGGAACAUGUCUGAAGAAACAUCACAGGAACAGCCUCUAGAUAACUCCAAGUUUAAGUCCGUUCAGGGUGUUGUAACCUCUCUGUGUAUGGACUAUGGCUGGAUUAAUGAAUCCAUAUUCUUCAAAACGGAAGCAAUCACUGAUGACGGGCCUCUGGACAUUGGUUCAAAUGUCCUUGCAUUUGUGGAAAAAGAUGAAUUAACUCAUAUCCUGAAAGCAAUCACGGUGAAACCUAUAAAUGAUCUUUCUGAUAAAAGUGAUCCAUCAAAUUUUGGCAAGAGACUUUGUAUUAAAUGUGUCAGCUUCAUAACUGAGGAUGAUGUCUAUAUCAACAAUGACACCUGUUUCCCGUUAUACAUGUUUUCAGGAGCAUUUAAGCCUUUCAAAGGAGACUUACUGCUCAUUGAGUAUUCCACCAACCCAGGCACGUCAAAGAUCAAUAUCCACUCUGUGAGCCCGCUAAACUCUCAGUAUAUGGACGAGGUUUGUGUUACUAGCAUUGAUGGAAGAAAUGGCGUAGUGGAAGCCAACAUCUUCUUCACCUUGGAUUCUCUCCAUACUCUCCCUGGAUAUACACCCAGAUUGUACGACAUUGUGAACGCUACUGUGAUAGACAGCAUCCAAUCCCACUACUCUCGUAGGGUGGUAUCCAUGACACCAGUGGAUAUGCUGUAUUAA